AUGACUCAGAGCAACUUUCUUGCUGUCUUGUUCACCGUUCUUUUUCUUCCGAUCGCAGCGGUCCCAGCAAGAACCCUAGACAAUGGCAAGGAAUAUGACAACGGCAACAAAGGCGACAAGCUGCAUGAGCACUUCUACAGCGAGAGCUGCCCGCUUGUAGAGGCAAUCGUGAGACACAUGAUAUGGAUCAGAGUUGCAGCCGACCCAACCUUAGCAGCUAAGCUCCUGAGGCUUCAAUACCACGACUGUUUCGUCAGGGGUUGUGACGCAUCGGUCCUGUUGGAUUCUAUUGGUGGCGAGACUGUGGAGAAAGAUGAACUCCAGAACCUUUCUCUUGGGGGAUAUGAUGUCAUUGAUGAGGUAAAGUUGGUGCUCGAAUUGUUAUGUCCCGGGACGGUCUCGUGCGCCGAUAUCUUAGCUCUGGCAGCUCGAGAUGCAGUUUCUUAUCAGUUUGGAAAGCCGAUGUGGGAUGUAUUUACUGGAAGGAGAGAUGGGAGAGUGUCAUUGGCUUCUGAAGCUUCGAGCAAAAUUCCAUCAGGAUAUUCGAACUUCACCACGCUCCAGAAACAGUUCUCGGACAAUGGACUCGAUGUGUUGGACCUUGUUGCAUUAUCAGGUGCACACACCAUCGGAAUGGCACACUGCGUGGUGGCCAAGAAAAGGUUCUUCAACUUCACCGGGAUUGGCGACACGGACCCUUCGUUGGACCCAGCUUAUGCAAGACAAGUAUUGGAUAAAUGCACCCACUCUCCCAACGAUCAGGAAACAACAGUCGAGAUGGACCCUGGUAGCUCUCUCUCUUUCGACAGCCACUACUAUGUCACUCUAGGCCAAAACCGAGGCCUUUUCCAGUCGGAUGCAGUGUUGCUCACCGACUCCACGUCGGCUUCUUACGUGAAGGCUUUUGAGGACUUCGACAAAUUCAUGGAUCAAUUUGGUGUCUCUAUGAAGAAGAUGGGGAAUAUAGGAGUUCUUACCCAAAAUGAGGGAGAAGUCAGGAAGAAUUGCCGAGUGGUCAAUACGGAUGGCAGGGGAUCUGUAAACGAGCAUUUCAUCGUUCCCACUCUGAUAGGUGAUUAACUAAUUUUACCCAUUGAGUCAUGGGAAGGGUUUGCCAAUUUGAGUUCAAACCUGUAGGGUUUGGAAAGAACUUAGAAUUUCACUUCAAAACUCAUCCCAAAAACUCGUUAAGGUGAAUUUUUUUUUUUGGGGGGCCAGUUCACUAUAGUGCAGAAAUGCCCAAUGCUCUUAAGAUUUCCCACGUCUAACGAACCAAAUUCAUUCAAAUCCUACCCAAAUACUAUGAGUUAAAUUGUAUAUCAUUCAUUAUACUAGGCCAUGUGCCUUCCUUAAAACCGAAAAAACAAAUUGUAUGCCCUUUGCUAGCAUAUAUAGUGGAAAUUUAUAGCUGCGUAUAAAUUUAGAGCUCUGUUCUUAUUUUCUGGUUUGAAAUUUGUGUAGUUUCCAUAUGCCAACGAAUGUACAGCUGGAACAGUUGA